AUGCCUGAGAGCCUUAGAUACAGGUACCCAGGAGGAGGAGUACAGCAAGCCCAGACUGGAAAGAGAAAUGCCUCAACAAAAAGACAAAAAGGAAGGUCCAAGAAACUCAAGGCCUGGAAUGACAUCAAGAAGGUGUACGCCUCUCAGCGGAUGAGGGCUGGCAAGGGCAAAAUGAGAAACCGCCGGAGGAUCCAGCGCAGGGGGCCCUGUGUCAUCUACAGCGAGGACAAUGGCAUCGUCAAGGCCUUCCGGAACAUCCCUGGGAUCACUCUGCUCAACGUGACCAAGCUGAACAUCCUGAAGCUCGCUCCCGGCGGGCACGUGGGGCGCUUCUGCAUCUGGACGGAGAGCGCCUUCCGGAAGCUGGACGACUUGUACAGCACUUGGCGUAAAGCCGCGUCCCUCAAGAGCAACUACAACCUUCCCAUGCACAAGAUGCUCAAUACAGACCUCAGCAGAAUCUUGAAGAGCCCAGAGAUCCAGAGAGCGCUCCGAGCACCACGCAAGAAGAUCCACCGCCGAGUCCUGAAGAAGAACCCGCUGAAGAACCUGAGGAUCAUGUUGAAGCUGAACCCGUACGCGAAGACCAUGCGGCGCAACACCAUCCUGCGGCAGGCCCGGAACCACAAGCUCCGUGUGGAGAGGGCGGCCGCAGCACUGGCAGCCAAGUCCGACCCGAAGGAGGCCCCAGCCAAGAAGAAGCCUGUGGUGGGGAAGAAGGUGAAGAAGCCAAGAGCUGUGGGCAUCAAGCAGAAGAAGAAGCCCGUGGUGGGGAGAAAGGCCACUGCUGCCAAGAAGCCGGCCGCCGACAGGAAGGCCGGCCCGGAAGACAAGAAGCCUGCUGCCUAAAAAAAAAGCCCUAUGAGAAAUAGUGCGAAAAACUGGGUUGUAUGACUCUUAGUACAGAGUACAGAAGCCCACUACCAAGGCUACUUUAUCCCAGGUCACUUUAUCUGAAUAAAGGCCCUGUCAGAGACGGUGCAAAACAAAAAAAAAAAAAAAA